AUGGUUGUUACGAUGCCAUUCCACCCUGCUUUAAUGGCGGAUAUGAACGGUCAAUUACUACCGAACUUCAAUGGCGGGAACCCUUGGGCACACCAUCCGCUAACACAACUUUCUCAAAUGGGCCAACUUGCCAACUCUGGUUUCAUGUUCUGGAACCCCACCGUGAUGAACAACAACUCUCUCCAACUUCAACUCCAGCAUUUCAAUGCAGGAAUGCGAAAUCGACGUCAACGUGGAAAAUACCCCGUUCCAAAAGUUGAGCCAAACUCGCAUAAUAAUUUUCCGAGGCACAGGGCGCAGGGACUUGUGAACAGAGAUAGUAAUCCACAAGAGAAAUCUAAAGAGAGUGGAAUCGCCAGCGCGAAUACCUCCAGCCAAUAUGAUGGCUCUGUGGGUUCACGCUUCACCGUCCAGACGAAUACUAUAGGACAAAAGGUCAAGCACGAGCCGCACAUGUCGAGAAGAAUGAGUUCUACUUUGAAGUCGCGCAAUGGAAUGAGCCACAAUGGUACCUUCAACCAGUCGCCUAUUAAAAAUGAGAAACAAUCGUUUGUCUUGGUUGCUGGCAAUGACUCUAUCGUUGUUGAUGUUGAAGAUAAAGGAAAUGGGCCAGGUGUGACCAUAAGACAGACACCACAAUGGGCCGAGAAACCACCGACAAUAAAAAACGAAGAGCCAAAAAGCUACGCUGAUCUCAAUACUAAAGAAGAUCAAAAAUGCAAUAAACAAGAUGAAGAAAAUCAAUGGGAAACAGAGGAAGAAUUACAGGUCAAGCCAUAUAUGCCGCGAAAAGGGGCGAUGCGGAAAGGAGUAUCCGAAAAUUUCCUUGCCGAGAUGCUUCCUAGUACUGUCAGAACAGUCUCGAGGCAACUCUUCAAGGAUCGACCCUUGAAGCGGUUGGAUCCAAACUCCACCGCCAGAUUGACGAAACGAGUAUCGAUGAACUCUUCGAUCAACGCGCCUGUGCGUUCCAAUCCUGCUGGCAGCAGGUCCAAGAAGAAAGCACGAAGAAUUAGUAAUGUGAAGGAUUCGGCAAAAGUACUGCGCGAGAAGAGACGAAAACAGCCGACAAUACAUGAGGACGGGGAUGUCGUCUUCACGGCGACACCAGUAACCGCAUCGAGCUGCGACGAUUCCAAGGAAAACCCGAAAAAACGAAAAGGAUCCUCCUUCGCGCGAUCUCUCUCGAAAAUCUUCAAUAAAAACAACAAAAAGAAGGGAAUGAGCUAA